AUGAAGUCAGGUACCAUCUUCCUCCUCCUGGGGCUCCUCGCCCUGGGGAACGGCUCAUGGAAGAAGGAAAAACGCGCCACAGCUAAGGACGGUGAGUGUCCGGCCGAAAUGAAGGGGCCCACACGCCCCCCUCAGGCCUACUGUCUCUCUGACGAGUCCUGCCCAGGGAACGAGAAGUGCUGCAGCCAAGGUGACAGGAGAGUCUGCAUCCUCCCAGAUUCAGUGCACCCUGGGUAUUGCUCCAAGCCAGACCCAGGCCCGGUCACCAUCUGUCUUGUGAGCUGCUCCGACGACACGCAGUGCUCCAUGGACGAGAAGUGCUGCGUUAUCGGCUGCCACAGAAAAUGCACCAAAGCUGAGCCAGGGAAGCCUGGGAUGCCAAGGAAGCGUGGCACCUGCCCACCCAACCUCAUGAAGUGUCUCUACACGGAGCCCCCUCUGUGCCUCAACGACACCAGCUGCCAGGGGCGGCAGAAAUGCUGCUACAACAUGUGCCGGUUCCGCUGCGUGGACCCGGAGGAAGAGAAAUCCGGCAUCUGCCCAGCUGAGGCCCCAAAGGGCAGCUUUGAUCCUUGCUUUUUCCGCUGCUCCGAGGACAAGGACUGCCUGGGAAGCGAGAAAUGUUGCCUCCUGAGCUGUGGUGCUGGCUGCCUGGAGCCAAUGCAGGAUAAAGUGUCCUGGCAGCCAGAUAUUUGCCAGCUGCCAGCCCAAGCGGGUCUCUGUGAUGUCUACUCCUUCCGGUACUUCUACAACGCCACCAGCCAGAGGUGCGAGCAGUUCUUGUACCGCGGCUGCAGGGGAAACGCCAACAACUUUAAGACAAAAGCCGAGUGUCUCCAGGCCUGUGCACACCACGAGAAGCCUGGCGAGUGCCCAGCCGUAGCACAGGGACAGGCUGGUGCCUGUGACAAGAAAUGCCGCCACGACGACGACUGCCUAGGUUCCCAAAAGUGCUGUGGGAACGGCUGCGGCUCCGAGUGCACCUCAGUGACCCCAGAAGAGAGACCCGGCAUCUGCCCGACGCUGCAGAGACCUGGCCUCUGUGUGGAGAAGUGCAGCAGUGAUGCACAGUGCCCCAGGGGGCAGAAAUGCUGCAGCACUGGGUGCGGUCGCAUCUGCAUGGGAGUCAUCGCUGAAGUGAGGCCUGGAGUCUGCCCGGCGUUACCAGCAGGAACUGUUGGUGCCUGUGAUGAGAGAUGCCGUUCCGACAGCGACUGCCCGGGUGCCCAGAAAUGCUGCAGCAACGGCUGUGGCCUGGCCUGCAUGGCGGUGAACCUUGUUGUGAAACCUGGCGUGUGCCCAGCCAGAGCCCCAGGAGCCAGCGAGGAGCCCUGUCUAUCCCCCUGCGCCCAGGACAGCGAUUGCAGAGGAGACACCAAGUGCUGCCCCCUCAGCUGUGGCCGCACCUGCCUCGCCCCUCAGAAAGAGAAACCGGGGCUUUGCCCAGCAUUUAAAAUCAGAGACGAGGGGCCGCCCCUGACGCUGUGCCAGCAGGACAGCGACUGCCACAAGACAGACAAGUGCUGCAGGAUGGGCUCCAGCUACGUCUGUGCACCGCCCUCCCCAACGGCAGAGGACCCCGGCGCUGGCCCAGCCGCCCCCGAGGGGCACAGUGGGCAGAGAUGCCGCAGUGAUUGGGACUGCCCGGGAGCAGAGAUGUGCUGCAGCCAUCAGUGCCAUGCAGAGUGCCCCGCGCAGGACGAAGGAAAGCCUGGAUUCUGCCCCGUGCACAACGGGCUCUACUUCAGCUAUGACUGUGAAGCCAGAUGCCAAGGGGACGGCGAGUGCCCCAGGGACCAGAAGUGCUGCCUGCGCGGCUGCGACUACGAGUGCUUGGCCCCUUCUGAAGAGAAGCCCGGCAUCUGCCCCCUGACAGACGGGAUAACAUCCAGUUCCCCCUGGUGCAAGUCCUCGUGCGCAGAGGACAAGGAGUGUGCGGGGGACCAGAAGUGCUGUGACAGUGGGUGUGGCCGGACAUGCCAGGCCCCAGAGAGAGAGAAACCCGGCACAUGCCCAAAACAGAAGCCUUGGCAAACACUGGUGCCGUGCAAUGAGCAGGACGCCUGCGCUCAUGACCGGGAUUGCCCCAGGCAGGAGAAGUGCUGCUUCGCCGGCUGCGCCAUGCGCUGCGGCCCCCACUACAAAGAGCAUCCCGGUGCCUGUCCCAGGGCAAAGGCCUGCAGCGACCCGAGGCAGCGCCAUUCAAACCAGUGCCUGGACGACCACGUGUGCGAGAGACACGAGAAGUGCUGCGACACGGGUUGCCGCCGGGAAUGCGUGGCAGUGCGCACAGAGAGCGAGGACAAGUCUGGGGAUGGCCCCACGGGCGCCUGUGUGGACGAGUGCAGGGCUGACGAGGAUUGUCCCAGAGGACAAAGAUGUAGAAGCAAUGGCUGUGGCCGCGUCUGCCAGGACAUCUCCCAAGGCGUCUGCCCGAGUCCCCUGGGCUUUGGGCCGUGCGUGGAUUUGUGCUUUGCUGAUGUGCAGUGUCCCAGAGGACAGAAGUGCUGCAGCAAUGGAUGUGGCCACGUCUGCAUGACAGCAAUCACUGGAGAGAGACCCGGCCUUUGUCCAGAGCCCCAAGGGAAAGGCAUUUGUGUGGAGCGAUGCAGGGAGGAUGAGGAGUGUCCCAGGGGGCAGAAGUGCUGCAGUAAUGGGUGUGGUCACGUCUGCACGUCCCCGAUCUUUGCAGAUGCUGUAUAACGAGCUGAAAGGAAGCCGCACCUUUAUCACGGGACAGCCCAUCGUUAGAAUCCCUUCACUGGCCCUGCCCUCUCC